AGCGGAGACAGCAAGGCUGAUAGUCAUAUCGACAGGGAUAGAAGCAGAUAGCCCCUUAGGGGAGGAAGGAAAGUCGGAUUACUAGCUACCUCAGUGCACCACAUUCACCACUAUUUCACUUCUUACUCUUCAAUACUCCGGCUGAUGUCAUCAUGUCGGUAAACGCCCCCAGCAGCAAUGACGCCUGCCUGAGCAUCGUGCACAGCCUCAUGUGCCACCGGCAGGGUGGCGAGAAUGAGGGUUUCGCCAAGCGUGCCAUCGAGAGCCUGGUGAAGAAGCUCAAGGAGAAGAAGGACGAGCUGGACUCGCUCAUCACCGCCAUCACCACCAACGGUGUGCACCCCAGCAAGUGUGUCACCAUCCAGAGGACCCUGGACGGACGCCUGCAGGUUGCAGGGAGGAAAGGCUUCCCCCAUGUGAUCUACGCUCGAUUAUGGCGCUGGCCAGACCUACACAAGAAUGAGCUAAAGCACGUCAAGUUCUGCCAAUACGCCUUCGACCUCAAAUAUGACAAUGUGUGUGUCAACCCUUACCACUAUGAGAGAGUGGUUUCGCCCGGCAUUGUUGGUCUCAGUCUCCAAAAUACAGCCCUCUCUCCUCUAGGCCCCCCUGGGAGGCUGAUCAAGGAGGAGUAUAUUCAUGACUGUAUCCAGAUGGAUAUGCCACCAGGCAUAUCCCCCCACCCAGGGGCGCUCAAGCUACAGCCUCCGGACCACUACGGCCAGCCACUCCCGCCUCUGCAACUCCCGCCGGAACCGCAGCGGGCCCCUCUGCCCAUCACCCUCUACCCCAACAUGCCCCUCUCGCCCACAGUGUCCGGCUCUAUGCUGCCUCUCCAGGGAGGUCACAGUGAGGGGCUCCUACAGAUAGCCUCUCCUCAGGGUCAGGUCAUGACCCCUAUGACCCCCACGCCGCCCCCCUCCACCCCAACACACGGGCUGCCACACGGGCCACCGCAGAACCCCCAGCCACCCCAGCCCCCGCCUGGUCAGAAUGGAUACAACAGCUCCAAACACACACAGUCACAGGCUGCGUUCCACACAACUUGGACAGGUAGUAGCACAGCCUCCUACACUCCUGUGGGACCCCAACAACAGAAUGGGCGUGGCCACCAACAGCCUCCUCUCCACCAUCCAAACAGCUUCUGUAAGUUUGGCAGUUACAGGUCUCAGCAUCAUGGCUCAGCCUCAUUUCCUCCCCCUGUGUCCAAUCAUCCAGGGCCAGAGUUCUGGUGCUCCAUCUCCUACUUUGAAAUGGAUGUGCAGGUGGGGGAGAUGUUCAAGGUGCCGGCUAGCUGCCCGGUGGUGACGGUGGACGGCUACGUGGACCCCUCAGGGGGCGACCGCUUCUGUCUGGGCCAGCUAAGCAACGUCCACCGCACCGACGCCAGCGAAAGAGCCAGGUUGCACAUAGGUAAAGGAGUGCAGCUGGAGUGUCGUGGCGAGGGAGAUGUGUGGAUGCGCUGUAUGAGCGACCACGCCGUGUUUGUGCAGAGCUACUACUUGGAUCGAGAGGCAGGUAGAGCGCCAGGCGACGCAGUACACAAGAUCUACCCCGGCGCCUACAUCAAGGUGUUUGACCUGAGACAGUGUCACAGGCAAAUGCAGCAGCAGGCAGCUACAGCGCAGGCAGCGGCAGCAGCUCAGGCUGCCGCCGUGGCAGGCAACAUCCCUGGGCCAGGUAGCGUUGGAGGCAUAGCCCCUGCAGUCAGUCUUUCUGCAGCAGCAGGGAUAGGUGUAGACGACCUCCGGAGGCUGUGUAUCCUGCGGCUGAGCUUUGUGAAGGGCUGGGGCCCUGACUACCCCCGGCAGAGCAUCAAACAUACCCCCUGUUGGGUGGAGGUACACCUCCACCGGGCUCUGCAGCUGCUGGACGAGGUACUACACACCAUGCCCUUGGCCGACCCAGGACCUGCUAACUGAGUAAAAGGAAAGAGGAUCAGUUAAAAAUCCAUACUGGGUUAAAAACGUACAAUCUCACACACGCACACACACACACACACACACACACACACACACACACACACACACACACACACACACACACACACACACACACACACACACAGCAGUAAAAAUUUAUGUUUUUGUCAUACCCGUGAUAUGCUGUCAGCCAAUCAGCAUUCAGGGCUCGAACCACCCAGUUUAUAAAGGCUGAUACAGAUUGAUACAUGCACAUACAACCACAUGCAUGUUUCUGUUCUAUAUAACGCACACAAUGUAGAGCUACUCAAAGCCCCACAAGGGCUAUCCUCGAUCUCUCCGUCACACACAGACACACACUCAAGCAGCCAACAAUUACUGCACUCUCCUUAACCACUUGUACUGUCUCCCACACGCCCAUGCAACCACUAACCAAACCUGUGGGCAUGCAGAUAUAAAACUACUGAUGUCCUGAUCAUUCUUUCCAUGUUUUGUGAACAUUAAUUAUUGUUUCACAGCACAAACACUACAAAGCAGCCUUGACCCCUGAAUUACCUUUCAUUGAGGUUCUAUAUUAUAGUAUAAACAGGUAACAUUAGUGAAAAUGUAUAGUAAUGUAUGUUUAUUCUUCUAUUCUCUACAGAAAUAGAAAUGCACUGUAGAAAUCUAGGGAUGCUUUUCAGAGAUCCAGUGUUCUGACAUGAUACAAGCACUUUAGUACUCCUCAAAUGCACACACAAUCCACACUUGCUCAUUUCCUUCUUACAUGUACACACACACACACACACACACACACACACACACACACACACACACACACACACACACACACACACACACACACACACACACACACACACACACACACACACACACACACACACACACACACACACACAUCAGAAAUCCAGAGAUGACCCAAACCCAGGCGGACUAAAGAUCUUGACCUAAAUAACUCAUGAACAAUUUGUCAAACACAAAUCUCACACUACAAAAUCAGAUUUGGAUUCGGAUGUUAACCUAGAAGAUGUACAGGGUUUUUGGUAAAUCCAGACCAAUAGAACAGAUGCUUUAUAUCAGUGAUUAGAACCUGGGUCACAGAACCAAAAUGUCUCGGAACUGUGAAGAACACCAGAGUGAUGGAACCAGCGUCCUAAUUAAUCUAGCCAGCCAUCCUUUUGUCAUCUCUGUGUGUGUGUUGUGUUCUCCUGUGUGUGGAUCUCAACUCAAAUAGUUAGUCAUUCUUAUCUUGUUAGCCCUAUAAUAACACAGGGCACUUUUCUCAAGCUAAUUUAUUUUCUUACCAAAAGGUGAAAAAAGCCAAAAAAAUGUAAGCUUUAAAAUAGUGGUGUGGGUAUUUGUGAUGAAGCAGUACAGUGUAUGUAACCAAACAGUUUGCCACACUGCGGAACUCACCAAAGCCAGAAUACCUCAUGAUAACAGUGUAAACCCACAGUUUGUCUUUCAGCCAAAACCUCAGACGCUCAGUAUUUUCUCUUGUAAGUUCCUCCUUAAGGCGUCCGCAUGCUUCCCAGCCGAAACAGUUUGUGCAUAUAUUAUGACAACAUUUUGUGAGGUUUCUGUUUGUUUUGGACUUCGGUAAAGAGUUUUUUCAGCUGUUCGGGUACACAAAUGUUUUUCUCGAGGCCAGCCGACGUUCAGGAGCCGAAGUCUGUGCUCUGAUAUCGGAGUAAAUAGUCCGAGUAAAUUUACGAACGCAUGGUUGUCACUCAAUGAGAAACGACUUGUUUUCAUGCUAAAUGUUUCCUUGAGAAAUACUGCACCUUAGUUAGAUGUAAAAUUCCACGACUAAGAUCUCCCAUGCAAAAAUGUCAAAAUGAAUGACAGAUUUCUUGAGUUAUCUUAGAUUCAUUCUAACUUCUGAGGAAGUGUAUACUGGGCAAACAGUACGAUUGACACUUUUUUCUCAUUUUUCAAGGGAGUAUGCGAUCACACUCUUUCGGUUCGCCUAGCCAACUUUGGCUAGCCGUCAGCCGAACUGAAGCAUGCUGACGCCUUUAAAGCCUCAUAUCACACUAUGCCUUUCACCAAAUUAAUAUACGAUGGAAUAUGGAAUAGACCCACAAUGAAGCCUUGGGGAACACCAAGACAUGAUCCCGGCAGUUAUACAGUAGUUAUUAGGCUUUAAAAGUUGAAAUCCAGUGACUCGUGGGAAUAAUGUUUUGAGAAGAAACCCAACACAACUUGUAAAAAUAUAAUUGUAAUAGGAUGCCCCAACUUUGGAUACAAUGAUUAAUUCUCAAUCAGUUUAAAUUAGGCCAUAAUAAAAUCACGUAUACUGUGACAAAAUAUUAAGAACACCGUCCUAAUACUGAGUUGCACCCCCUUUUACCCUCAGAACAGCCUGAACUCGCACGGACAUUAGCUCUACAAGGUGUCAAAAGUGUUCCACAGGGAUGCUGGCCCAUAUUGAUUCCAAUGCUUCUCUCAGUUGUGUCAAGUUGACUUGAUGUCUUUUGGGUGGUGGACCAUUAUUGAUACGCACAGUAAACUGCAGGUGUCCUUAAUGUUUUGUACACUCAGUGUAGGUCACUUUGGAAAACAUCAAAUGUAUCUUUGGAAUGAAAUAUAACUUUCCUUUGCAUUCAUUUCAAUCAGGUACCCUAGUUUUGGUAACGAUCAACCUCAAGCCUACUGAAGUGCAAGUUAUGACCGAUGUUCUAACAUUGAUGCAUAAUACGACAUGCAAGCUCAUCAUUUAAGACAGCAGCCGGAAGAAGUAGGCUAGGCUUCAUGAUGUUGCGUUGAAAAACCUGGACUGAAUGCAAACCGUCACUCUAUCCAGGGGCAGGAACAUGAGUGCUUUUAUUGGCUCCUUCCUGUGCUCUGGUGCAUUUGAUACAUGUGCCUUUCCGUUCUCCAAGUCAGGCUGUUUAGGGAUGUACUUCACAGAUGCUAGGGUUUAUGUCGUCCAUAAGUGGGACAUCUCCAAAGCAUGACAAUUUCAUCCAGUUGGAAUGUAAUUUCUACUAAGCCUACAUGUUGGCAACAUACCCUAUGCUCAAGGUCAAAAAGGUAAAUUCUUUCCCCCAUAGUUAUCAAAUCAGAGGUGUCCAUUUAUAAUCACUGUUUGUGAUUUGUGCUUUUAGUUUUGGUCAAAGUAGAUGAUACCCCUCACAGUGGAUUGUAACACAGACAAUACUUUGUCUUCCUUUGUCUGUAGAUAUACAGUACCAUGAUAUAUGGGUUGUCAUAUCGAUAGGUUUAUCCCUUCUGUUGAGUGUGUUGGUUGGGUGGGAAAUGGAAAUGGAAAAUAACACAGCUCAGGUGCUUUGUACACGUCACUGAGUUUUGCUGACCAAUUUGGGCAAUGCAGCAAUAAGAAGUGAAACGUGUUGAGCUCAACAGCCCCUGAGUUAGAUUGAGCACAACAUAUAGUGGUUCCCUCAGGUACUGUGUUACAGCUCCAUUGUAGGUGUUAUUACAUAACACUUUAUUAUUGCAUCAGGCUGGUUUUGGAUUAAUACUGUUUGACAGUUAUAACUCAACUAUCCAUAUAGCCCUUGUGGUGUUAUUUAGCCUUGCUGAAAUAUUAUGUUACUAAGGUGUCUAAUGGAAUUGGAAAACUUGUUGCCCUUUGAAACUGCCCAUGCACUCCACACACCUAUGUCACAAUUGAUUUCAUUAUUUGUCACUUAGGCUCCACGUGUCUGGGAGUGUUACGUAUUCAGGGAUGAAGAGAGGUUUAAAACUAUUGUUGCUCCAUCUAUGGCUCUGCUUAUCAUAGUGCUAUAUCUACCCAACUACAUUUCUACUCAACCAAUGCUUUAACCAUUGAAAAUAGGGUUGCAAAGCUACCUGUAGUUUACCAAAGUUACCAGAAUCCUUAGUAAUUUUGGUAAUUAACAGAAAAUAUAUGGCAAUCUAUUGUAACUUUGGUCAUUUAUACUUGAUUAACUUUAAAAACAUUUUUAUUCAUAUAUAGUAUUCCUGUUUCUUUACAUCUGUAUCCAUAUUGUCCAUGAGUUUCUUGUAUAUAGACCAUACGGUUCAAGAGAAAAUAGUCUUAUUAAUGAAAAAUCAACAAUGGCAUUAUUUAGAUUUAACUCUGCAACUCUUCCAACUAUUGACUUUUGUUUUACAACCGCCACCAGUUUGAUGCAAAAACAUUGACAACAAAUACAUAUUG